GGAGUCGGAGCCGCUGCCCGAGACCCCGCUCUGUUCCCCGCAGGUCACCGCGUGUCAGCAUGGCGGCCGCAAACCUGGAGAACCAGCUGCACAGCGCGCAGAAGAACCUGCUGUUCCUGCAGCGGGAGCACGCGGGCACGCUCCGGGGCCUGCACGCCGAGAUCCGGCGGCUGCAGCAGCACUGCACAGAUUUAACGUACGAGCUGACACUCAAGAGCUCGGAACAGACAGGGGACGGACGCAGCAGCAGCGAGCUGCAGAGACGCUGCGAGGACCUGGAGGCGCAGCUGAGGGCGAAGGAGCAGGAGCACGAGGCGCUGCUGCGCGAGCUGGAGCAGAGGGACGCGGCCGUGGCCGUGCUGGAGACGACGGUGCGGGAGCGCGAGAAGCGGUACCUGGAGGAGCUCAAGCUCAAGAGCCACAAGCUGAACCUGCUGUCGGGGGAGCUGGAGCAGCGCGCGGGCACCAUCGCCUACCUGACCUCGCAGCUGCACGCCACCAAGCGGAAGCUACUCAGCUCCAGCGGGACCUCGGACGGCAGCCCCGGCGGGAGCCCCGUGCUGGCCGGCUACAAGCCCGCGCCCCCCAGGGACAAGCUGCCCGAGACGCCCCGCCGCCGCAUGAAGAAGAGCCUCUCCGCCCCCCUGCACCCCGAGUUCGACGAGGUCUACAGAUUCGGGGCCGAGAGCCGGAAACUCCUUUUGCGGGAACCGGUGGAUGCCAUGCCCGACCCCACCCCGUUCCUGCUGGCCAGGGAGUCGGCCGAGGUCCACCUCAUCAAGGAGAGGCCCCUGGUCAUCCCCCCCAUCGCUUCCGACCGCAGCUCCGGCGAGAAGCACAAGGUCCACCUCCUGUGCCCACGCCUGUGCCGCAUGGCCUGCUUCCCGCACACCCGUGUCCCAGCGCGUGGACAGCGGCCCGCAGGCUGCAUGCUGCUCAGUGUCAACGUGGUCAGAGAGCCACUCCCAUGGAGACCCCUCACUCCUGACAGGCCUUUCCCGGCGGCCCUGGUGGCAGGUGUAUGUGUAUGUCACGGGAACUAA